AAGCUGCCGCCGGGCAUCAAAAUCAAGAAUAAUAGCAUAGACAAUGACAGGUUGAUUAUGGAUAAAUUCGGUCACACUCAUUUUAUCGGAAAUUUUGGAACAGCAUCACUAUUGAACGGAUUGUGCGAUAUCAUCAUCAAAAGAUCAUACAAUCAGCAAAAUCCACCCACAUCUACCCAAGAUAUCCGUGAUAGCUCGGUGCAAACUAUCACCUCUGAAAAUGUGCCCGUCUACCAAUACCCUACACAUUUAUACAACCUGGAUACCAUAAACGUUGACCGGUUUCCUCUGAUCAAUAUAGUCGAGAGAAAUGAAGCUGAUGCAUACGUCAAAGUUUUUUUUGAAAAAGUUCAUCCAUACUAUUUCAUUUUUAUUGAAAGUCACUUUAUGGACAAAUAUGAAAUAUUUUGGGAAGAACUAGAUUCAGAUGUAAUCAAGGAUACUGAGAGAUCACAUACAUUGUCCAGAUUGAGCAGUGCUGAGAUUUGUACAAUUUAUACUGUAUGGAUCUUAGGAAGACGCUUUCAGCAAUAUGCAGAUCCUGAAAACCUUCCUGAGGAUUCGGUGCUUGAUCAGGAUAUGAUCGGUAAAUUCAUUGAUAUAAUAAAGUUAUCUCUAUCAGAUGUGGUGCUAACACCUUCCAUUGAUGGCAUUCGUUUGUUAAUUCUAUUUUCUGUUUAUUUGUCAAGUAUAAAGGUCAGGGAAAGCGGUUAUUGCUUGAUGGAGCUAGCGGCCAUUCAAGCGAAAAGUUUAGGAUUGCAUAGGAAAUCAAUAGUCAAUAAAUUUAAUGACCAAAAAUCUGAUGUCAUGAAGAGGAUAUUAUGGUCCCUAGCUAAGGCCGAAACAACUCUUUGCUGUUCUUUUGGGAGAGCGAGUGCCAUUCCAUGGGAAGAGAUUGAUAUUCAUUUCCCUGUCAUUGAAGAUGAGACUGAUGAACAUUUCAAAAUAUACUAUUUACAAAGCUGCAAUUUAACAAAAAUUAUAUUUGAAAUUCUCGAUUAUAAAAAGAAAACUCAAAGAGAUCCAUUAUCGCUGGUGAGUAUCGAAAAGGCACUUUACUUCAAAAAAAAGCUUGAAAGCUUUUGGAGCAAUUUGCCGGAAAGUUGGAAAGAUUAUAAAUCACUGCCUAUCAAAAGGUAUAAGCCAAAGUUGCAUAUUCAGUAUCAUUACUAUUACAUCACAUUGACUCUUCCAAUGUUUUUACAUAUUGUUAAUUCGCAUAAUUACAUAGUGAAGAAUGAUGAUCCUUUUUUGUCAUUACUCGUAUGCGGUAUCAGAUCUUCAUUCAAAACGGCGGAGAUAGUCAGCUACACUGAUUCUAAAGGUUUUUUCAACGGAACCAUUUAUUACGAUGUUUUCUACUGCUAUAAUGCUAUCAUGGUUCUAACGCUGACUUAUAUAUUAUUCAAAUCAUCUCAACCCUUUAAAGCAAAACAAAUUAUUGACCUAAAUAAUUUGAACUCAAAUUACAAUAUCAAUCUUGAAGCAAUUCUAGGGUCGAUUAACCUCAUUAGAAAGCUGGUUUUGAACAAUUUGCAUCAAAUAGACGGGACAAUGAAGAGAAUGUCGGACAUUAUUGAAACACUUUUGGAGGAUCUUGGUAUUAUUCAAACACUAGUGAAGAAAUACAACGCACCCGCCAGCAAUGUCAAGAAAAUUGAGGGCAAGGAUGAAAGCGGAAAAACUAGUGUCACCAGUAUUCCUACAGGUUAUAGAAGACUCAAAAUCAAC